CUUAGAACUCACAAUACAAGUAUAUCAGUGCAAAAAUAUAUCUUUCAUACUCAACCCAUGACUUGUACACAAGCUAAACCGGAAGACAGGCUUAGUGCUUUGCCUGACUCACUUCUUUGCCACAUCCUGUCUUUUCUCCCUACAAAUGAAGCCGUCCAAACUGUCUUAAUCCGAAGAUUCGGCACCCUGUGGACUUCCCUUCAAAAUAUCGACUUUGAUGAUGACUUGCUCUCUCACUUGUGGGCAGACGAGGAUAUUAAUUCAGGUUUCUUAAGGUUUGUCCACAAGGCGCUAACACUCCAUCAGAGGCCUACAGUCGACAGGUUCAGAGUUAACAUUUCGACCAUGUUAUAUGAAGAUAUAACAUCAUUCCAAUCUGUGAAUUGGGGACGUGAAAUAGAUUCUUGGUUAGAUUUCGCUCUAAAGAAACAAGUCAAGUUCCUAGAAUUUGGGUUCGGAAUGGUUGAACCUGUUAAUGAGGUCUAUAAGUUGCCUUUCAUAGAGUUCAUUAGUGAUUCUCUGGUCGAGCUGAAGCUGGUGUUCAUCGAAAUGAAACUUCAGAAGCGAGUAAAAAUGGGGUCACUUAGAGUUCUGAAACUUGAAUAUAUGAGUCUGAAUAAUGAUGUUUUCAAAGAAAUCAUUCAAGGUUGUCCUUUGCUCAAAGAAAUAGAGAUAUCUAACUGUUUGGACUCUCGCGAUUUCACUGAAAUCAAUGCCCCAAAUUUAGAUAUAUUGAAGCUUGAUAGAGAAGUAGUUGCAGGUUCAGAGGAGAUUAUGAAGAUCAAUUGCCCAAAAUUGUCAUCGUUUAACUACAGUGGAUGUGUGGAUGGACUGGAGAUUGUGAACCUUUCGUCUGUUGCUGAACUUUCCUUUCGUUUGACGCUUAACAUUUCAGCAACAAGCUUCAAAGAGUUCACCGGGUUUCAAUCUGCUCUAACCAAACUUCUGCAUGUCAAGAAUGUAACUUUAUCAGAUACAUUUGUCACGGUGUUGUUCUAUUGCAUUCUAAAAUGCAAUCUUCAGGAAAUUGUUCAUUGGAAGCGAGUGGAUCUAAAAAUUAGGUUGAAUGAUAAGCACAUCCUUGGUCUCAGUCAUUUGUCAAGGAAAUCGCCUUACUUGGAGGAACUUGCCUUGACUGUCAUCCCAUCAUGGAAUUCUGAUUUACUACUCAAGAAUGUAGAUUUAGAACUCGAAAGUUGCAACCCGGGUAAGGAAGAAGUGUACUGCUGGAGCUCUCUUAAAACCAUUGUCAUUCAUAACAUUUCAAUGAGUUUGCAUCCUGUCGUGGUUCUCUUGGUUUAGAUUCUGCUCAGGAGUUCACCAGUGUUAAAUGAAAUGGUGAUCUACUACAAGGCCAGCAAUGAAUCCUCAGCGAUGCUGACAUCAGAACAAUUGUCAGAAUUUUCUGAGAAGCUGCCAACAUUCAGAAAAGCCUCCCGAACAGCAAAAGUUAUUCUAAUGUGAGAAAUUGAACGGUAAAUUGCUGCAUACUGUAUGCUGUAACAAACCUUUUAUCCAAGGAAUCAUUUUCUCGUAAUAUAUGCACUUCCCGUUCUGCAUUCAAAAAAAA